AUGACAAACAUAGAUUUUACUGUCAGUGUUCGAAAGUUCUGUUGAACUUUCAAUUCAAAAUAAUAAAAAUAUACUGGAUGAAAUGUUUAUUUAAUUGAUUCGUUAUUAUUGAUAUUUAUAUAAAGUUUAUAAUAUACACAGAAGAAUGGAUUCGUUUUGCUUCCCUACUGCACCAUGCCCCACAAGAAAGCCCUUCUUAGAGCCCUCUGUACCCGAUGCAUCUCUAUUAAUGAAUGUACCUCAACCUAACUCAUAUCAAGCUUGGAGAAAUAAUGAACAAUCCAAAAAAGUAACCACAUCAAUUCUCAAAAAACAAGUUAGAUUCAAUCCUACACAUCCUCCAGUCCAUCCAAUCGAAAUGAACUCCAGCAUUGAAAGAUGUAAUGGGCCUAAUAAUCCAAGCCCAACCCAAUAUAACACGCCACCUCUGAAUAAAGUCUUGAAGAAUAAGCCUUUUCAAGAAAUAUAUAUGGCUAAUAUUCCUAAUAGGCAAUUAGAUUUGAGUUUACUCGAUCUUAACAAGCCUGCUGCAAAUACAAAUGUCAAUAAUGUUGUACAUAAUAAUACAGAAUUACAGGAGAACCAUGUAGAAAAUUCAAUUGAAGAUAUUACACCUAUUCAAAAAACUCCUACAACAUAUAAAGAAUUUCUAGAGAUGCAGAAAAAUAUGAGAGAAACUGAAAAGUCCAAUCAAAAAUGCGAAGUGAAUGAUUGUAUUACAGAUAUUUUCAAUUAUACUUCGCCUAGAAUUGAAGCCAGGAGAAGGAGAGUUUCUAAAGACGAUAAAAUAUCAAAGUUUGCAAAGGAUAAGCCUGAAACAUCGAGAAAUCAGAUACGUAGCAAAGAAAGCCCUCCUAACUUGCAAACAAAACUGUUUAAUCAAAAUGCAGACAUUUUAAGUGAUUCCAAUGUUAGGGAGAAAGAAAAUAUGUGCCACACUAGUAGAAUUCCAGAAAAUCAACAAUUAUUACUGCCUAACAAAGUAAAUUACGAAUAUAAUUCAUUUGAUUUGAGAAAGGAUUUAAGGAACUUCAGAGCUCAAACAGAUCAGUUAAUUCAAAAAUGUGAUAGCGCAGUUCAGACAAGCAUGAUGAACGAUUCGAAGAAGGAAGAAGAAAAGCAAGUGUCCACUGAGGUAGCAAAAAAUUCAGAUGAACCAACAGUGAAAGAUCUAUUGAAAAUAAUCCAGCAACAAAACGAGCAACUUUUGGUACUACAGAAGCAGGUAGCUUGUUUGCUGGAUUUCAAAGACAAUCAGAAAAGAAUCGAAGGUAAUAACCAAGGAAUUAAUGAAGGAAACAAAUUUAUACAUCCUGCAAAUGAUCAGAGGGAUUAUCCCCUAAGUGGGGGAAGUACGCCCAGAAAAGGACCCCUUCCGAAGUUCUCUAUUGAUUUGAUGACCAGUUUUGAGGUGUCUUUCAGACCACAGCAAAAUAUGUAUCAGAGAAAGCAGAGAGAUUUCAUCUCCCAGGAACCCAAAAUACAGGAAAUUACAGAGAAUGGUACAGACAACGUUAAUUAUAAUAACGAAGGUGUGAAGCCUAUAAUGGAUCCUUCUCUGUACUUUCAGAAUCCUAUUACGGUCCAGGAAAAUUGCCCCAGUCCUGAGCCGAGCAUAAACAUCGAUAUGAAAGAUUACGAAAGUUCAGAAGAGGACGAUGAGGAUUUUUCUUCAGAUAUUGGUGCUUCUUUCUAUAAGAAAAUGAUGGAUCAGGUGAACAAGAUGAUUCAAAAUGCCCAACAACAAACAACUUAUGAUGGCAAAAUUUCGAAUAGCGAGGAAGUGAGAGAAAGGACUCUUAGCAAAGUGAGAGAUGCCACCAUUAAGCAGCUGAAAAGGAUAGGGAUGAAUUUUUCGCCCAUUGAAGAGGUGUCCGGAACAGAAUGUCUCAGAUCAAAAGAUGACGAUACAUCUGAUCAGAUAAAUGCAGCUGUCAAACAGUUGUUGAUGAAGUACUUGCCCGACGAUCAAUUGUCGAAACUGACAAGAGGAGAAAAUAUCGAAGCCAGAAACAGAAAACGUAGCACAGAUAAGAUUGUGUUGAAUUCCAGAGGACCACAAUUUUCUUUCGCAACCGUCCAGUUCAUGAAGAAAUACGACUUGAUUGCCAGUGACGGAAAUGACGCACCUAGAAAACCUAACAUUCGCGAGAAAGUUAAAUCUCCAAGAGCGUACAAGAGAAUGCAUCAGAAUAACCCUAAAAUAUUGGACAUUUCGAGUCUAAAACAGCAACCCAAACUUUUAUGACAUGUAAAGAUCAAGAUCUCCACAUGAAGCGACAUAUUCUAUUUAAGUUUUAUUAUAUUGUGACUGAAUUUUCAGAUCAUUUUGAAUUUUAUACUACACAAUUUAUUCAACUACAGUUCAAUAAAUAAACUUUAUUUAUUACA